GAUCUCUCUAGGAGCUGGAGAGGAGAAGUUGUCCGUCUCUCUCUCUCUCUCUUGCUUCCUCACCAUGGAUUCUAGGAGUCAUUCUAGGAGUCAUCCUAGGAGUCAUUCUAGGAGUCAUCCUAGGAGUCAUUCUAGGAGUCAUCCUAGGAGUCAUUCUAGGAGUCAAGGAGCCGCUGGGAUUAUCGCUCACGUCGCGCUGCUCCUCUGCAGCUCGUGCGGGACAACCGGAGAAGAGGUGUGCGACGCCACGCUGGUGUCCAAUCUGCCGCCGGCGUCCUUCAGAAGCUCCUCCCAGCUGUCCAGCAGCCACGCGCCGGGCUUCGCCAAGCUCAACAGGAGGGACGGCGCCGGAGGCUGGUCUCCUCUCACCUCGGACAGGUAUCAGUGGCUGCAGGUCGACCUCGGCCAACGGACCAAGAUCGCCGCCGUCGCCACGCAGGGCCGCUACGGCAGCUCCGAUUGGCUGACGUCGUACCUGCUGAUGUUCAGCGACACGGGGCACAACUGGAAACAGUACCGGCAGGAGGACAGCGUCGGGUCUUUUCCAGGUAACAGUAACGCAGACAGCGUGGUUCAGUACAAACUGCAGCAGCCGGCGACCGCUCGCUUCCUGAGGCUCCUCCCCCUGCACUGGAACCCCAGCGGGAGGAUCGGCCUCCGGCUGGAGGCCUACGGGUGUCCUUACACCUCUGGCGUCUUGAGCCUGGGGGGCGGCGGCCUGGUGUACGGCUUGAGUCCCGCGCCGCGGCGCUCGUCCAGAGACGUCGUCUCCCUGGAGUUUAAAACCACGAGGAGCUCUGGGACGCUGCUGCAGGCGGAGGGGGGGGGAGGACUCGCCCUCAGCCUGGAGGUGGAGAGAGGGACGCUGCUGCUGCUCACACGAGGUCCUGCGUCCUCUGAGCCCCGGCGCGUCGCCUCCCUCGGCAGCCUGUUGGACGACCAGCACUGGCACCGCGUGGCGGUGGAGCGGCGCGGCUCUCAGCUCAACGUCACGGUGGACGAGCACACGGAGCGGGUUCGAAUCCCCGCGGAGUUCGGCAGCUGGGACGCGGAGCAGCUGAGCGUCGGGGCGCUCCGAGGCCUCGUCUCCGAGAGGAACUUCCGCGGCUGCCUGGAGAACCUCGAGCACAACGGCCUGGACCUGGUGGAGUUGUUGAAGAACAAAGACCGCCGGGUCACCGCCGUGGGCAACGUGACCUUUUCUUGUGCUGAGUCGGUUUCCGUCGCCGUGACGUUCCCGGGUCCCCAGAGCUUCCUCCGGUUGCCGUGGGCGACAUCGUCCCUGUCGGAGGGCGUGUCCGUCGGGUUCCAGUUCAGGACGUGGAACGACGCGGGGCUUCUGCUCACCUUUGACCUGCCCGAGGGAGGGGGCGUGGUCUGGUUGUACCUGAGCGAGGCCAGACUCCGCCUGCAGAUCCAUCAAGCCGGCCGGGCGCCGCUGGAGCUCAGUGCAGGCUCCGCCCUCAAUGACGGCCAGUGGCGCUCAGUGGAGCUGACCUCCCGUCGGGGUCGUCUGACCAUCGCCGUGGAUGACGAGGAAGAGGGCGUCGCCCACGCUGGCCACCCCGUCUCCGCAGGGAGCCAACUCUUCUUCGGUGGUUGUCCUGCUGCAGAAGACACUCAGGACUGUAAGAAUCCCUUCGGCCUCUUUCAAGGCUGCAUGCGUCUCCUCAGACUGGAGGACCAGCCGGUGGAUCUGAUCAAGGUGCAGCAAAGACUGCUGGGAAAUUACAGCCACCUGCAGAUCGACAUGUGCGGCAUCAUCGACAGGUGCUCGCCCAGUCGCUGUGAGCAUGGCGGCCGCUGCAGUCAGUCCUGGACCGUCUUCCGCUGUAACUGCUCCGCGAGCGGCUACAGCGGCGCGACCUGCCACAGCUCUGUGUACGAACCGUCCUGUGAGGCGUACAAACACAACGGCAACACGUCGGGACACUUUUAUAUCGACGUGGACGGCAGCGGACCAAUCAGACCGCAGCUGGUCUACUGCAACAUGACAGAGGAGAACACGUGGAUGGAGAUCCAGCACAACAACACGGAGCUGACCAGAGUCCGGCCGUCUCCGGGAGUCGAGCAGCACUCGGUUCACUUCGACUACUCCACUGAAGAGGAGCAGCUAUUGGCCGCCAUCAGCCAAUCGGAGCACUGCGAACAGGCGCUCUCCUACCGCUGCAGGAAGUCCCGCCUCCUCAACACUCCAGAGGGCUCUCCGUUCAGCUGGUGGCUCGGGGGUCCCGGUCCCGGUCGGGUCCAGACCUACUGGGGCGGCGCUCAGCCGGGCAGCCGGCAGUGUGCAUGCGGCCUGCAGGGCGACUGCGUGGACCCGCAGCACUACUGCAACUGUGACGCCGACCGCGCCGAGUGGGCUGAAGACUCGGGCCUGCUUACCCACGAGGAGAGCCUCCCCGUCCGGGCUCUGGUGCUGGGUGACAUCCAGCGGGCGGGUUCAGAGGCCGUCUACAGAGUGGGACCGCUGCGUUGUCAUGGAGACAAGAACUUCUGGAACGCCGCCUUCUUCGACAAGGAGACGUCGUACCUCCACUUCCCCACCUUCCACGGAGAGCUGAGCGCAGACAUCUCCUUCCUGUUCAAAACCACGGCCUCCUCCGGGGUCUUCCUGGAGAACCUGGGCAUCAAAGACUUCAUCCGGAUCCAACUGAGCUCCUCCACCCGGGUGGUGUUCUCCCUGGACGUCGGCGACGGGCCGCUGGAGGUCGGCGUGGAUUCGGGCGUCCCCCUGAACGACGACCGGUGGCACCGGGUCCGGGCCGAGCGCAACGUCAGGGAGGCGUCGCUCCGCCUGGACGGACUUCCUGUGGCGGCGCGGGAGGCCCCCCCCGACGGACACCUCCACCUGCAGCUCAACAGCCAGCUGUUCAUCGGCGGCACGGCGUCCAGGCAGAAGGGCUUCCGCGGGUGCAUCCGCGCCCUGCGGCUGAACGGCGUCGCCCUGGACCUGGAGGAGAGGGCGAGGAUCACGCCGGGCGUCCGGGCCGGCUGCCCGGGCCACUGCGGCAGCUACGGGUCGCUGUGCCGGAACCGGGGCCGCUGUGCCGAGAGGGCCAACGGCUUCCUGUGUGACUGCGGCCUGUCGGCGUACACCGGAGCCUUCUGUCACACAGAGGUGUCGGCCCGCUUCCUGCCGGGGACGACCGUGAGCUACACCUUCGGGCAGCCGCACGAGUCGGGGCGGAACAGCAGCGCCCGGCCCUCCUCCAUCUACUCCGACACCACCCUGAGAGGAGAGGACGUCUCCCUGAGCUUCAGCACCACCCAGAGUCCGGCUCUGCUGCUCUACGUCAGCUCGCACCACGGGGAGUCCCUGGCCCUGCUCAUCAACAAGCACGAGGCGCUGGAGGUCCGGUACAAGCUGGACGCCAGCCGAGGCGCCGAGGUGCUGAGCAGCGCCGCGAGGAGCCUGGCGGACGGACGUCUCCACGCCGUCUCCCUCAGGAGGCGGACGGACGCCGUGUCCCUGCAGAUCGACCAAAGACCCAAAGAAGUCUUCAACCUGACGGCCGACGGCGAGUUCAACGCCAUCAAGUCGCUGGUGCUGGGCCGAGUGCACGACCCGGAGGACGUGGACCCGGACCUGUCCCGCUUGGCGUCCCUGGGCUUCACGGGUUGUCUCUCGGUGGUCCGCUUCAACCCCGUCAGCCCCCUGAAAGCCGCUCUGCUCCACCCGCACAGCAGCCCCGUCGUCGUCACCGGGCCGCUGGUCCGGUCCAGCUGCGGCUCCUCGGCUUCGGCCAAUCCCCACGCGGCGGAGGACACGCGCCGCCUGUCAGACCGCUCUGGUUCCGUGGGUUCGGGUCAACCUUUGGUCAACGGCGUCCGGACGGACUCGGCUCUGAUCGGAGGUGUCAUAGCGGCGGCCGUCUUCGUGAUGGCCAGCGGCCUGGCGAUCGGCGGCAGGUUCCUGUACCGCCGGAAAGAGACGUACCGCAGCCAGGAGGCGGAGGGGGUCAAACGGGAGGACAGCCAAGAUUUUGCUUUCACCGACCAGAGGGACUCCCAGAGCGUCUCCACCGAAAAGCCAAAGGAGUACUUCAUCUGAGGGACGAGGCCAGCGGGCGCCGCUCAGAGCCUCAAAGCUGGAGACCACGGCUGCUUUUCCUCCCAGUGUACAUUCUGUAGAUAGAAAUGCAAACAGCGCUGGACAUAUAACCUGUUCAUAUCCUUUUAAAUAUUUAAAAAUGUAAACGUGGAAGUGAACGUGUGGGAAAGGAUGCAAACUGAUUUUCACUUAAACGCAGGUUCAUUUCAGUCCACCGGGGGGCGACAGACACGUGGACUGUGAUUGGCCCAAAGGCUCCGUUAUCAUCACAUACCAACAUGCAUGGUGUCUUUUCCAAAUGAAGGAAGUAAAUAUUAAUGAACCCACUGGCAAAAAAGGACUGACGCGACGCGACCAGCUGGCGUCCGGAUGAAAGCCCAGUGGCCCGUGAUGCAGGAAGCUGCUGUUUGGAGGUUCAAGUGGUUUGGGGGGGGG